AUGAACAAACCUCAGCGUGAAGCGCUUGCCGGGCUCUUCAAAUCUGCUGCGAACAUCGAUCCCAGGAAAGGCACUCGUAGCACUGCGCCGACACUGUCUAUCUUCCUAGCUCUUGUCCGUCCGAACUUGACGGUGAUCACCGCCGCAUACGUCAUCGCUACCGGCGUUGAGUCCGAACAUGGCGGAGACGUGCACGUUGUCCAUGCUGCCAAGGAAGUGAUCCUCACGGUCAAGUCCCCACAUAUCCUUGAGCUGAGCGGUAUCGGAAAUCGCAAUGUAUUGGAACCUCUCGGCAUCCCGUUGCAGGUCGACCUUCCUUCUGUUGGUGAGAACCUGCAAGAUCACCUGAUCUUCACCAGCUGCGUCUUCCCGGAGAAGCAGCUGGUCCCCUCUCUUGCUUGCACUGGAAUUACCUUCCUCUCGCUGCACAUGUUCUCCGAUUGGGCGGACGAGCUGAUCGAGAAGGUUGAGAAGAGGAUCGAACAGAACGUGGACAAGCUCUCGCCGGGUUUGAAGGAGCAGUACGAGUUGCAGCUGAAGUUGCUCAAGGACAAGAACGUGCCCGACCUCGAGAUUGUCGUCUUCCCCGUCAACGUGCAUCCUGCAGGUCCUCUGAAACCGCACAUCGGCCUCCUUCCCUCGAUCGGUCACCCAUUCUCUCGGGGAACCAUUCACGCCAGCUCGAGUGACCCCAAGGUCCAGCCAACGAUCGAGCCGAACUACCUCACGGAAGAGAUUGACAUAAACAUCUAGUUGAAUCUGCCAAGUUUAUUCGGAUAGUUAUGCAGGAUGGGCCUUGGAAAGAUGUCAGUGAAGCGGAGCUGAUUCCUGGCGCCAGUGUUACCGCGGACGAGCAACUGCGCGACUUCGUCGAAAUGGACGUCGCUACUACUUGGCAUUCGUCGGGCACGUGCUCGCUCGCGCCGAAGGAGAAGGGUGGUGUGGUCGACAUCCAUCUGAAGGUGUACGGCAUGAAGAACAUUCGCGUCGCUGACCUGUCUAUUCUCCCUCUCCUUACUGUCUUCAUACGCAAGGCAC